UUGUAGAGAGCGACGAAGAAGUAGCUCCGGUAAAAUUGAUAAAAAGAGUUGUUCGACCGCGAAAUAAUUCUUAGAAAUUAUUGAAUUGCAUUCAUUAAAUACCUCGAAGUGCGGUUGCGUCAUUAACGACAAACGAAAAGUGUUGAACAAAAACAUAAACGUCUGUACCCAGUGAUUUUCGACUGCCCAACAUAAUAUAUAUAGAUAUAUAUAAGUAUAUAUAUACAUACAUAUGAACAGAUGUACACAUAAUGUACACUUAAAGUAGUCUUAUUACAGUGAACGAGUGUUAAGUGCAAAUUUAGUGUGUGGCAAGUGCCUGAAAAACAUUGGAAUAUUGCUCGGAGUUCAGUGAAGAAAGUGCAUUUUUAUAUGGUCGCUUCUGCUGCUGCACAAAGGGCUGGGGCCGUUGGCUGCUGCUAGGAGUUGCCGUCGUCAUCGCAGUCGCCGUCGCMGUCGCCAAAAACUUUCGUCGUCUCCGCACAGCAUUUGGAGCCAGCCCAUUGUGCCCCGUCGCGCUUCUCAAGCUGAUUGAGGAGCCCACAGUGGAAUGUUGGAAUACCCACAGCGAUUCGCGCGCAACAUCCCCAAUUCCUCUGGCAACGCACCGCCACAGCUGCCGCAGCAUCAGAACUAUCAGAGCUGUCGCCAAUUGGCACCGAACUCACCUGCUCACCACCAGCGUCACUCUUCGUUGUCCCAGCAGCAACAACAACUGCAACAGCAACUGCAACUGCAACAGCAGCAGCAGCUCUCGCUGCAGCAUCAUCGCACUCUGUCGACCGCCUCCAGCUGCAGUGCCCAGCACAAAAGUGUGACCUUUGGCCAGCCAGCGAGCAGCGGCUGCCCGGUGCCGAUCGACUACAGCAACGGGGGCAGCAGCAGCGGUAACUCCAGUUGCAGCAACGCUGGACAACAAUCAAUGGCGGGCAACAUGAAGCACGGCAAAUCUCAGGAAGACGUUUGCUACGUAGUAGCCAAAUAUGAUUAUGCAGCCCAGGGCGCUCAGGAGCUGGAUUUGCGGAAGAACGAGCGCUAUCUGCUGCUGGAUGACUCCAAGCACUGGUGGCGCGUCCAAAACAGUCGCAAUCAGUCCGGCUAUGUGCCCAGCAACUAUGUGAAGAAGGAGAAGCCCUCGCUCUUCGACAGCAUCAAGAAGAAGGUGAAAAAGGGUUCCGGUUCAAAGACGCUGCCCAAUUGUUCGCCCUCACGCCAAAUCGAGAGUCCAACCAUGUCGCGACGCUUGCCGCCCGAUCCGGCCGAGGCCAUUGGCACCGCCAUUGUCAAAUACAACUAUCAGGCGCAGCAGCCGGACGAGCUAUCCCUGACCAAGGGCACACGCAUACUCAUACUGGAGAAGUCGAACGAUGGCUGGUGGCGUGGCCAGAGCGGCAAUGCGGUUGGCUGGUUCCCCAGCAAUUACACAACCGAAGAUUGUGAUAACGAUGGCGAAAUACACACCUAUGCCAUGGCGGAGAACGUGCUGGACAUUGUGGUGGCGCUCUAUAGCUUCACGUCGAACAAUGAUCAGGAGCUGUCGUUUGAGAAGGGCGAUCGCCUUGAGAUUGUCGAUCGGCCCGCCUCCGAUCCGGACUGGUAUAAGGCACGCAAUAAUCAGGGUCAAGUCGGUUUAGUUCCACGCAAUUAUCUACAAGAGUUGAACGACUAUUUGGCCACGCCCUAUCGCAAUACCAGCGGCAAUGCUGGCAAUGGCAAUGCCACCGGUAGCAAUGGUGCCAACACCACCGGCAACGGCGGUGACUCCAUGGAGCGACGCAACGACUGCAACAACAAACCGACGCAGCCCAGCCAGCCCAUCGAGCGACCCAAUUUGGCUGGCAAAUCCUGGUACUACGGGGCCAUCACGCGCAGCCAGUGCGACACAGUCCUCAAUGGCCAUGGCCACGAUGGCGAUUUCCUCAUCAGAGACAGUGAGACUAAUAUGGGUGAUUACUCGGUUUCCCUGAAGGCGCCCGGCCGCAACAAACACUUCCGCGUGCACGUGGAGCAGAACAUGUAUUGCAUUGGACAGCGCAAGUUUCAUUCGUUGGACCAGCUGGUCGAUCACUACCAAAGAGCGCCCAUCUAUACGAACAAGCAGGGCGAGAAGCUGUAUCUGGUGCGACCGCUGCCAAAGGCCAAUGGCACGUAAAGAGGGAAACAAACAAACAAACAGAAAAASAAAAACUCAACAUAGAUCAUCCAAUAUAUUACUCGUAAUAUAACUAAACAAAAAAUACACAACAUAAUACAACUUCAAUGAUAUAGUACAUACGUAUUAACAUGGCAUAGAACAUAACAAACAAAAUGUAUGCAGCGCGCUGUCCAAAUCCUUUCUUCAGUUUUGUACGCUUCUCGAUAAGGAGAGAGGGCGAAAGUAUCUAUAUGUAUAUAAAUCGGUUGAUUCAUGUUCGCUGAUUCAUGUUCGAAUGCGUAAUAGACAAACACACAGACUUUUUGUACUUUUAUAAAAUUUAUAUAUAUCUAAAUUAAUUAAUGCAUAAUUCGGCUAGCUUCGAUUAAUAACUAUUUUGUUAACGUUAGUUCGCUUCCUUUUCUUUGUGAAGUAUGGAAGAAGAUGAAAGCAAGCGCAUAA